CCCAAACGCAGCACCGUCGGCGAAGGUUGUGUGUCCGCGCGCGCACCCGCACGCGGGAUUUUGUUGUCUUCUUCUGUCUGUUAAUUCUCACCCGUCCUUUUUAAUGCCAUUCCGCGGACGAGAUGGAAAGAAACAAGCCAAACUGCCGCCAAUCCCCAAAAACGGUUCCCUCCCCCCAAAACAGAUGUAGGAUAUAGACAAAGGGACGCGUAUGAGGAGGGCUUGUGAAAAACCAGGCGCAAAAUUCGAACGGCGUACAACACGCGCACCGCCAGCCAGCCAGCCAGCAGCACCACCGCACACAUGCAAAAAGCACGAAGCCUCCCAACACGAUCGUGCACGAGCGCGCACGGGUAGCCAAUCGCAGCGCCGGUGGAUGACGUUAUGCGGGCUAUUUUUAGCACCAUGAAUCAUAUGUUCCUGUACCAAACCCGCGCACACUACUGUACCAGCGCACGCACACCAGCAAACCGCCCCGUACGGGUGAAGCUUUCAUCAAGUCGGCUUCAUUUUUCCAUUCUCCAUUCAUUCGCUUUUCUACCUUCAAGCCGGACGGGUGUGUGUCUGUACGCGCGCGCGUGCGUGCAUUUUGUUUUCCCUGUCGGCCGACAGUAGCCAGUACCACGCCAGAAAGCACGCGAAAGCCACCACACGGGAUAUUGGGGUUUUCCAACCACCGCUCUUGGGAUAGGCGAAAGAAACAGCAACGAAACAGUACAUGUGCGUGUGUGUGUGUGGUUUGUGAUUUAUGCGUGGUUUUGUGACAGCAAAUUGAAAGAUAAGUUGAAAGGGUGUGUAAUGUCGUCAUCGCCCUUGUGCCGCGCGCCACAGUGAGAAGGAAUAUUGGUGCAAUAAUAAUCGCGUCGAAUGUGUAUUUCGACAGCCGUCCGUCCCAACACACAACGGUGACACCAUCCAUCCCGUCUUUUGCUAAGUAGGCGUAGCGUGAAUUAGGCGUAGGCCGCCCUUGUGUGCAUUGCGAAAUAUAUUCCACACCCCUCCCGCCCUGUGCUCGCGUGUGUGUGUGUGUGUGUGUCGUGUGCACGUGUGCGCUAGUGUGUGGUGUGUGAGUUGCCGUGUAGAAACGCGUGAAAAAUCCACCCCACCGUCAAAGAGGCAAGGAGCGGCGGUGUGGCGGAACAUUCUGUGCAAUACUUUGUUGUUCCAUGUGUGUGUGUGUGUGUGUGCGGAGACACAAAUCCAUUAUUAUUGCGCGGUCUUUCAUUGGUGUUGACGUUUGCACGUACGGGAGAGCGCGCGCGGGCACGUGUGUGUGAGUGAGUGCGUACGCGAUAGCUCACCCGUGCAGUUGGUGUGCGUGUGUGUGUGCGACAAAGCAAAGAGCAAACUGCAGAUAAAAAAUAACCCUCCCGUACAUUUCGCGACGCGUUUGAGCUCGUUCGCCAAAUAGAACGCGCUCUGUUGACGGGAACGCUACGGCCCAUAAACCUCAGCAAGAAAGAAAAACAACAACACCAACUACACGCUUCAAGUGGCCUUACCAGGAAAAAGCAAAAAGCAAGCAAGCAGCAACAACAAAAAAGCAAAAGCAAACGACAGAGAUAAUCAUUGUGUGUGUGUUCGUGCGUGGUUGUGUGAGUGUGUGAGUGUGGCACUUCAAAUUGCCUGUCAUUUCCUCUCUGUGCCCAUCCGUUUGUUGUGAUAAAGUAUCCGUCAUCGCAAAGGCUUGACAGUGGUGUGUGGUGCCAUUAAAGCAAAGCAAAGCAGAAAAAAGCGCAAUUCUUCCCUUACCUCGGGUGUUGUAAAAGCUCGUUAACCUUCCAAGGUGAAUCCGUAAUUAAAUCGAAAUUAAAAAGCGCGUUUGCACCUACCAAACAACACCCUUGUUAUUUCGUUGUACGUGGAUGUGCUGUGUGCAUGUGUGUGCGUGUAUGAGAAAACAAACAAGUGUCAGUGCGUACUUCGAUCCGUGAAAGGAACAGAAGGGCCCGAAGGUUGUGUGUUGUUUAUCCCUGUACGCAAUUUGACAUUUCUCGUUGUUCGUCCAAAACAAAACAACACACACGGUUCUCGGUUCGGGUUUGGGAAAAACCCAGAACAUUUGUGCAACGAUUCCCCUUCCCAACAACCAACACAGCCACGAUGCGAAACAACGUGCUGAGCAGUAAGCACGCCAACAACAACAACACGAUGGAAUCGUUCUACGAGGACGCAAACGCCCAGUUCCUGCCGACCACAACGAACGGUGGCGGUGGUGGUGGUGGCGGCGGUGUGGUAGUAGUGACGACGGGCAACGGGAAUGGGUUGAAGCGGCCGGCCACUCUCGAGCUGAACCUCGGCCCCGGGAAAGCGCGCAAGACGCGCUACAACACGUCCAUCACGAUGCCGUCGGUGCUGCCGUCCCCGGACCUGCAGAUGCUGAAGCUGGUGUCGCCCGAGCUGGAGAAAAUCAUCAGCACCAAUGCGACGCUGCCCACCCCGACCCCGAGUGCCAUCAUCUUCCCGCCGUCGGCCACCUCCGAGCAGCAGCAGUUCGCGAAGGGGUUCGAGGAUGCGCUCCUCUCCAUCCACAAGAAGGACACGACCAGCAAGCUCAACACGAACGUGCCCACCAACACCACCAGCAACAACAACAACAACAACAAUAGUAGUACGAGUAACAACAACAACAACAGUGCCAACAGUGUCACCCUCGUCGGUCCGUCGGCGAUCGAGCGGCUCUGUCCAACGACGGCAGCGGUCGCGCCCGUGACGGCCAUCGCGACGGCAAACACCGCCCCCAGUAUGGCGGCCGCGACGGUCGGCCAUCACACCGGCAUGAGCGGAGGGGAAAUCACGUACACCAACCUGGACUACCCCGGUGUGGUGAAGGAGGAACCGCAGCCGACGACGUCCGCCGCCAGCAACCAGUCGCCCCCGGUCAGCCCGAUCGACAUGGAGUCGCAGGAGCGCAUCAAGCUGGAGCGCAAGCGGCUGCGGAACCGGGUCGCCGCCUCCAAGUGCCGGAAGCGGAAGCUCGAGCGCAUCUCGAAGCUGGAGGAGCGGGUGAAGGAGCUGAAGGCGCAGAAUGCCGAGCUGGGCGGGGUGGUGUGCAAUCUGAAGCAGCACAUCUUCCAGCUGAAGCAGCAGGUGAUCGAGCAUCACAACUCCGGCUGCACGAUCACGCUGCAGGGCAAGUUUUGAAGCACCAACAGUGUAGCAAUCUCGGUUCGUCCCAUCCUUUAGGUGUCCUCUAGCAAAAAAGGGAGAAAGUGCGUACGUGCGUCGUGAUACGAUUUUUGUUUGUAUUUUGUUUGUUUGUGAGGGAUUAUUUUUUGAGUUUGUGUGUGUGAAUAGGGAGCGAGAGAGGCGCCGGUCGUCAUGAGGGCGACUAAAAUGAAACUACUAGGUAGUGUAUACACGACCCGGGAAUUGAUUUCCGCGGCUCUCUUCAGGUUCAGGUCUUUCGUAGUAGGGGAGAGAGUUAGUUACUCGAAAACAAAACAAAACAAAACACAUUUACGCGAACAAAGCUUAUUGCCAUUGUGAGACACAGAAAUGCCUUAUCGUAUUAGAAUUGAUAGCCUAUAUAUUUGGGUAUGUAACGCCGCCGCCACCGCGGGGGGGUUUGGGGUUUUUGGCGCUUCUCGGUACUAAUAGGAGGACCACAGCGGGAGAUGUAUGUAAAACAACGGUGGAUAAUGCUAGUGUUUACCACUACUUGCUCUGUGCGUUUAUCGUUCAACGAGAGCGAUUGUUUGUGCAGGAAACAAAGCAAGAGGAAGGAAGAUUUUGCGGAUCGAUGUUGUUAGCAAUAAGUUGUUAAGUCUCCUUUAGGGUAGCAGGGGUUAGCAGUAAGCUCCGAGGUAGCAUUCAAACGAGUCAGAUUGUUUUUCAAAUGCUCUAGAGUUUGUUUGAAACAAAAACAGAAAAAAAAACAAGUGCUUCUAGUCGUUGGAUCGAGCCGGUUGUGUCUGUCUAUACCACCUACCCGUGGCGCGUGAUGGACACGGUCGACUCGAAUUCUCCUGCAGCGCCGCAGCAAGAGAAAGUGCCGCAUUGAAAGUGCAUCCCGCAAUGCUAGUGUCAUAUUGUUAGUUUUUACAUGAUUUUUUUAUGUAUAAAUAGAGCUUUUAUUUAGGUGUAACUGCUUUCUUGCACAGUGCGAUAGAUUGAUUCUUUCCUUUUUGCUUUCUACCGAUUUCUGAUAGUUUUCUAUAGUCAAAACGAUCUGAUCCCAGUCUGUUGCGUUGCCUAAACCAUCCCGACCGCACAGUUUUACAGUUUCCUUUGUCACAUUUAAUUCUCGCUCUUUAAAAGCUAUGCUUUCAACCGAAAUAACAUGCCAGGAAGUGGUGUGAUACAUGCCAUACAUUUCAAAAGGGAAACUGCUUUCCCAUGCUUCCGCCCUCCCCCACACCAUUUCAAAGCAAUUUACUCUAGUGACUCCAACACGGUCAAGGAUAACACGACAACACGCUUUUGGGAGUUGUCGGGUUUAGAAAUGUUUCCUAAUUUUGUGUAAUAUGAGAAGUGCUUGUGAGGUGAUUGCACGCGCAAUUGCAAGAUGUAUAUAAUUUAGAACGGAAAGCGAGCGAACCCCGAAAGUCACAGUGCGUGCCAGUGUGAGCGUGUACGCCACGAGGUGUAGAAAUAUGAAUGCUAAUAUAAACAAACAAACAAAAGGA